UGGGGGAGGAGAAAAAAAGAAAAGCUUGGUGUAGAAAAUCUCAGCCUGAGGAGCCUGUGCUUCCCCAGACUGUGAGCACUGGAAAGCAGGUCCGGAGAGGAAGGGCGGUUUGGUUUUGGUACCCAUAGCCCAGGGAUAGCACAGCAUGGACGUGCAAGAGCUUUCUUACACCGAGGAUCAAGGGAAAGGCAUGGGCAGAAGGAGCCAAGGGGACUCAGGGCUGUCCAGACACGGUCACAGACCAGCUUCCUGAGAUUUUGACGCUGGAUCGGGAUCGUUUUAACUAAAGAUGGAAACACUGGAGUCCGAAUUGACCUGCCCAAUCUGCCUGGAGUUAUUCGAAGACCCUCUCCUGCUGCCCUGCGCCCACAGCCUCUGCUUCAGCUGCGCCCACCGCAUCCUGGUGUCCAGCUGCUCCUCCAGCGAGUCCAUUGAGCCCAUCACCGCCUUCCAGUGCCCCACCUGCCGCUAUGUCAUCUCCCUCAACCACCGGGGCCUGGAGGGCCUCAAGAGGAAUGUGACGCUGCAGAACAUCAUCGACCGCUUCCAGAAGGCGUCGCUGAGCGGCCCCAACUCCCCCAGCGAGAGCCGCCGCGAGAGGACGUACCGCAACAGCCCUACCAUGUCCGUGGCCGGCGAGAGGAUCGCCUGCCAGUUCUGCGAGCAGGACCCGCCGCGGGACGCUGUCAAGACGUGCAUCACCUGCGAGGUGUCCUACUGCGACCGCUGCCUGCGGGCCACCCACCCCAACAAGAAGCCCUUCACCAGCCACCGCCUGGUGGAGCCCGUGCCCGACGCGCACUUCCGAGGACUCACCUGCCUGGAGCACGAGAACGAGAAGGUGAACAUGUACUGUGUGGCUGACGACCAGCUCAUCUGUGCCUUAUGUAAACUGGUGGGCCGCCACCGGGACCACCAAGUGGCAUCCCUCAGCGAUCGCUUUGAGAAGCUCAAGCAAACCCUGGAGACGAAUCUCACCAACUUGGUUAAACGCAACAGCGAACUGGAAAACCAGAUGGCCAAGCUGAUACAGAUCUGCCAGCAAGUGGAGGUGAACACGGCCAUGCACGAGGCCAAGCUGAUGGAGGAGUGCGACGAGCUCAUGGAGAUCAUCCGCCAGCGCAAGCAGGUCAUCGCUGUCAAGAUCAAGGAGACGAAGGUGAUGAAGCUGAGGAAGCUGGCCCAGCAGGUCGCCAACUGCCGGCAGUGUCUUGAGCGCUCGACGGUCCUCAUCAACCAGGCGGAGCACAUCCUGAAGGAGAACGACCACGCGCGGUUCCUGCAGACGGCCAGGAACGUGGCCGAGAGGGUCGCCAUGGCAACUGCAUCCUCUCAAGUUCUGAUACCAGAUAUCAAUUUUAAUGACGCCUUUGAAAACUUCGCGUUGGAUUUUUCCAGAGAGAAGAAGCUGCUGGAGGGGCUGGAUUAUCUCACCGCGCCGAACCCGCCGUCUGUCCGCGAGGAGCUCUGCACGGCCUCCCACGACACCAUCACAGUCCACUGGAUCUCGGAGGACGAGUUCAGCGUCAGCUCCUACGAGCUCCAGUACACCAUCUUCACCGGCCAGGCCAACUUCAUCAGUCUCUACAACUCCAUGGACAGCUGGAUGAUCGUCCCCAACAUCAAGCAGAACCACUACACCGUCCACGGGCUCCAGAGUGGCACCCGCUACAUCUUCCUCGUCAAGGCCAUCAACCAGGCAGGCAGCCGAAACAGCGAACCUGCCCGCCUGAAGACCAACAGUCAGCCUUUUAAGCUGGACCCCAAGAUGGCUCACAAGAAGUUGAAGAUCUCCAAUGAUGGGCUGCAGAUGGAGAAGGACGAGAGCUCAUUGAAGAAGAGCCACACGCCCGAGAGGUUCAGCGGGACAGGGUGCUAUGGCGCGGCAGGCAAUGUCUUCAUCGACAGCGGCUGCCACUACUGGGAGGUGGUGGUGGGAUCCUCGACCUGGUACGCCAUCGGCGUGGCUUACAAGUCAGCCCCCAAGAACGAGUGGAUUGGGAAGAACUCCUCAUCCUGGGUCUUCUCCCGCUGCAACAACAACUUUGUGGUGAGGCACAACAACAAGGAGAUGCUGGUGGAGGUCCACCCACAGAUGAAGCGCCUCGGCGUCCUCCUGGAUUACGACAACAAUGCGCUCUCCUUCUACGACCCGGCCAACUCCCUCCACCUCCACACCUUCGAAGUCUCCUUCAUCCUGCCCGUGUGUCCGACGUUCACCAUCUGGAACAAAUCCUUGAUGAUCCUCUCGGGUCUGCCUGCCCCGGACUUCAUAGAUUACCCAGAGCAGCAGGAGUGUAACUGCAGGCCCCAGGAGUCCCCGUACGUAUCAGGGAUGAAAGCCUGUCACUAGGAUGCUCAGCCCUGCCCGUGCCCCAUGGUGGCACUGGUGAUGCUGGUGGGUGCUGGUGGUGGGUGCCAGGAGCCUGCCAAGCUGGAGAGCCGCCGUGCAGCCAGAACGCUCCAAGGAGUGAGGACCCGCCUGCCUGCCCGCCCACAGCUCAUCUUAUUUUUAAGGGGAAAGAGAAAGAACCCCUGACCACGUCUGAAAAUGAACUCCUGUCGGCAAGCUCAGCGCAGUCGUGCACAAGGCUCACGCAGCAUCUUCGUGGUGUGCGCCAGGCUCUCCCAAGGCAGAUCAUCACACAGAUGGUUCUGUUUCCCCUCAGGGGCUGGAAAGGCUGGGGUGGGAUUUUGGGUGACCUCCUCGGGUGCUGUGGUGAGCAGGGGGACGACUCGUGUGUCUCCACACGGCACAGGUUGGGGUAGGAGGGGUUGGCUUUUUGGAGACCUGCAGAGCCAGGUGAGAACUGGGCAUCAUUUGCUGGUGAGACCUUUCUGUUUGGCCAACAUUUGGCAGCUUCCCUGUUAGGGUAGGUACCGGCGUGGGGUCGGUACCUGCGUGGGGUAGGUACCUGCGUGGGGUAGGUAACUUGCACUUGGAGAGGCCCCCAUGGGGGAAGCAAGGCAAUGGGUACGUGGUGCAUUUCUGCUGCUCCCUGUGCUUGGCUGGGGCUGCAGUCCCAUGCUGGGGGGGGGUCCAACCCCCACCCCUCUGCCCCACCGCUUCGGGAGGUCCCAGUUCACCAGGAUGCAGGGAGGCCCCCGUCGAGCACUCGCUCAGGAGCCAGUCGAGGUGCACGUUGCCCCCGGCACAGAUGCUCCUCCGUUAGCUUUGCAUCGGGUAUCCCUGCAGACACUGGUGCUGAGCAGAGGGGCACAUUUUGCCCAAAGACCAUCUCUGUGCUUUGUGACGCAAAAUCUCAAUUUAGGACCCCAAAAUCUCAGCUCUCGGUUUGUGGUGUGAGCCAUGGUGGUGUGAGCAUGGGGCUGUCCUGUUUGCUCUGAGGCAAAAGGCUGAAUCCAGCCUUGGGGCCCCAGCAAGCUCCUGAGCUGCCACCAGUGCUCCCAGUAACCACAAGCACCAAGUCCCCUGCAGAUGGGGCCAGCAAGGACGUCAGGCAGCACAGUGGCACGGAAUGUGCUGAUGCUCAAGCUUUGGUCCAUGGUAUUUGAAAAUCCCUUUUUCUCCUCUGGAUGUGGUACAGCCUUGGUGGCAUCACACAUGGACUGAGACCUCCCAGCUCUGCCAGCCUUUUCCUUGCUUUUUUAUUAUUAUUAUUAAUUAUUAUUAUUAUUAUUAUUGCAAUGGGGAGAGACCCCUGGACCUUGCUGACAGGAAACUACCUCAAAGCCCAGCCUUGGAGGGGUGGGUGGCCGGUUCAGACGGGGUGACAGCACUUAGAGGCUCUUCCCACAGCAAGGAGCAGGCACAGGGGCUAUGGGAAGGGGUCCCCACCAGUGGGCCAUCCUGGGGGACUUGUGUCAUUGAGGGCAUCCAGGCAGAGCAGGUAUACAAAGAGCCCAUUCCUCAGCACAGCAUCCCUCUGCUUAACCGGGGUGGCAUUUUCAGUGACUGGUUGCCCAAUGCUCUGGGGAGAGAAGAGGAAAAGGGACAUUGCCACUUGCACUGCUAAGUCAAGUUUUGCCUCCAGUCUGGGCUGCUUUCCCAUUGCUCGUGGGCUGGUGGUGCUUGGCAGGGGCUUGUGGCACACGGUGCAUCCCUCCCGAGCAGACAGAGCAGUUUUAUUUGCUUUAGGCCCCAGCAUUCGAAAGCACGGGGUGGGGACUGAGCAGGGAUUGAGCUGCCGUUCCCUGCAGCUAAGCACACAAACACAGUUCAUUUUAAGAGGCUAAGUUGCCAUUUUCGGUUGGAUGUAUUUUUCCAAAGCCACAUGGAGCUAUCAGUAAAGUCUUUUCCCCUUGUGCUGACCUCAGCCAGGGCUGCUCGCACUGCAUCACCCUCCAGCAAAUGCCCACGCACUGGAGAUGGAUUUUAGCUUUUGCAAUCCAGGUGCCAAGCUUUCUGCCGGCACCGGCACCGCUUUGACCGGCUUAUUGCUAGCGGACUCAGCGCAUCCAGUAAAGCACACGAGCCGUUAAUGUGACAUUUGCACCUGAUGAAAUUGCACUAAUCGUGGCAGGACCCCCGCACACCUUUGCGCGUGUCUUGUCCCGCAGCAGGCAGGCGGAUGAAGCGGGGAGCCCCGAACUCCAAAAGCGCAGGCCUGGGGUGGGAGUGACGUCUGGGUCACCCACGCCAUCCUCUCCUGGGGGUGGAAGAGCAGAACCUGCCCCAGCACUGCCAGGGGGCUGGGAGCAGCAGCCCCCUCCCUGCCCCUCCGUGUGAUGCUCCCCCGCUGCCUCGCAGCCUUUGCCCCCAGCCCAUGAGUGAGCCGUCCCUUUGGCCAAACCCAUCCGGCACACGAUGACACGACAGCGGUUGUAGCUAAUCCGAGUCCCUCAGGCUGUGCAGCCUGCCGUUAUGAAUGAGCACGUUUCCCACGGCCCAGUGGAGGGGCAGGAGGCAGGCAGCAGGGUCCCCGUGGGGCUGGGGGUGCUGUUGGCCCCACUUCUCCUGGCGACCCCGCUAUACAGACCUGGGACGUGGUGAGGCCCUGGUUACUGUGCCUCCUGCCUGACUCUUCUCUUCCAUGUGUAACAUACUCAUUUCUGGGGGAGGGUUGCUUUUCCUUUUUAUGUUUUCUUCCUUUUUUUUGGUUUUUCUUUUUGGCAACUCUUUUGUUAAUGUGUAUAUAUAUAUAUAUAAAUAUAAUAUAAUAUAUAUA